GAAGACUGCAAAGCGCACGUUUUUGAUUUGAGAACGAGAGAGGAAGGAAGUGAAGAAAAAGUUGAGUGGUUUUGGAAUCCGCUCAUCUCAUCUCACACAGAAGCUCCGAGUGGUACGUUUAUCCUGGAUUUUUCUUUUUUCUAAAAGCAUUUUUCAAAUACAUUUUGAUUUAUUUUUUUUUUUUAAGAAUUUUCGGAUGCACUUCAUCAGAAUGAAGACCCUCGCGUGGCUUCCACUGGUGCUGGUCGCUCUGCAGCUGGCCGGAGCAAAGCUGUUCCACACCAUAGCGGGCCAGACUGUCACAAUCGAGUGCGGCAUCGACGAAUUCACCGGCAACUUGCUGUGGCGUCACUGCGACGUCCUGGUUGUCCAGAUUGGCGGCACACCUCGCAUGCUGCACAAAAACACCAAAGGUGUUGGGUCCAGGUCAAAGGUGAAGGAGGAGACUAAUUUGGAGAUCACGCAGGUGAAAGAAGGCGACGCUGGGCAAUUCACAUGCUUGGUGGGCAAGAAGACGAGCGUGCACACGCUUGUUGUCGUCUCUGUGUCGGUGGAGCCUGCGGGCGAGCUUCGACAGAACAGUUCGGCAGAGCUGCGGUGUUCCGUGGCCGGGUUGCCCCCGGACGCGGAGGUGCACUGGAGAAGGCCCGGCGGUACUCGUAGAGGGAGCCGGGGCAUCGUUCGCCUCCACCCGGUGGAGGCGAACGAUGCGGGGAAGUGGCAGUGUGUCUUCUACCACGAGGGGGUGAAGUACAUCGAGGAAAUAGAGAUUAACGUCAAAAAGGUUUCCUUGACAACCAGCUCACCAAGCGCAAAGGACUUGGGUUAUUCUUCCGCCCCUUCCACCCAGCCUGGGCUUCUGGAGUUGGGCUGGUGGCUUCUGCUCGCUGGUGGCCUGGUGGUGCUCCUGCUGCUCAGCUUGGUUCUGCUUUUGUCCAUCCAAAUCAGAAGAAGGAAGAAAAGAUCCCUGGUGAUGAAGAACGUCAGAAAGCCGAUGAACGGCCGCCAAUACUGCCAGUGUCCCUGUCCGACAGCUGCUGCGGUGCCACUGCGGCCGGGGAAGAAGAAAAAGCCGCCUGUAGAAGCAAAGCGACUGAAGGAAAAUAAAAAUUGAGCGAGGGAGACGAAGAAAAUUACUGAUGAUGAUGGUGACGAUGAAGCCGAUUAAUUUUUUUUUUUUACAAGUUACGCGACUGUAAAUAAGAUCAAUAUGGACCACAUCCGAUAAAUCACGUUAAUUGGAGAGACUAUUGCCCUUUUGUGAGUGCGACUGUUGGCGCCAGCACUCCCGCGACCCUUGUGAGGAUAAGCGGCUUAGAAAAUAGAUGGAUGGACCCUCGGUUAUAAGACUCCUGAGCUGAGUUGAGCACAGCAUUUCCCAUCAAGAUCAUCUCGGCCACGACUGAUUGAACAGACAAAAAAAAAAAAUCCCCCCGAAUUUUUGUAUAGAAGUCUCAUUUUUUUUUUCCUUUUUUUUGAACCUUUGUGUUUUUAUAUCUCAGAGAAGAUGCUUGGGAAUUUGUUCUUCUGCCUUUGAGAAUAAAUUCUUUGUGAUCACACCA